AUGAAUCGUGACAUCCUGAAGAUCGGAGGUGCUCCGAUCUUCGACGAUCGCAUCGUUAAAAUAGAGACUCACACGUACAAUCCGUACGCUAACACUACAUUCGGAUACAGCGAUGAAAUACGAAUACCGAUUCAACAUCAGGAUCUCUACACGUUACCGUGCGAAAGUGUACUCUACAUCGAGGGAAAAUUCGUCAAAAAACAGAAGGAAGGAAGUACCAACCAAACACCGAAACUGACGAAUAACUGCGUCGCAUUCAUGUUCGACGAGAUUCGUUACGAAUUAGACGGAGUUGAAAUUGACAGAAACAGAAACGUCGGUAUUACAAGCACUAUUAAAAAUUACAUUUCGUUGACAGCUGAAAGAAAUAAAACGUUAGAGAAUGCAGGAUGGAAAAUUGCACUUUCUCUAGACUUAUUGCUCGAUCGAUCAAUAACAACAUCUGAAGAGUUCAACUUCUGUGUACCGCUCAACACACUUCUUGGAUUUUGUGAGGACUACAAACGUAUAGUGAUAAACGCCCGACAUGAACUCGUUCUGAUACGUGCGCGUAACGACAACAAUUGCGUUAUCGCUAGCGACACCGAGGAAUUUACACUCACAUUAUCAAAAGUGCAAUGGAAGAUGCCGCACGUGAUACUGAACGACGUAAACAAAUUAUCACUCUUGCGAACGUUGGAAAACGGACGAUAUCUCAGCAUGGGAUUUCGAUCUUGGGAUUUGUACGAGUUUCCUCUACUUCAGAGCACGACGAAGCAUUCGUGGGCUGUGAAGACAACGUCGCAUUUGGAAAAACCACGAUACGUGAUCCUUUCGCUUCAAACUGGAAAGCGAAACGUACUCUCUCAGGAUAGUACUCAUUUCGACGCGUGCGCGCUCGCCAACGUGAAACUCUUUUUGAACUCCGAUUUUUUUCCAUACGAUGAUAUGAAUGUGGAUUUCGAACGUAAUAAAGUCGCAAUACUGUACGACAUGUAUGCAAAAUUUGCGAACUCGUACUACGGCUACGAAAGAAACGAAGCUUUGUUAUCACUCGCGCAAUUUAUUUCGUCCGCGCCACUCGUGGUGAUCGAUUGCUCUCGUCAAAACGAAUCUGUAAAGAGCGCAACCGUGGACAUUCGUAUCGAAUUCGAAUGUAGAAAAAACAUUCCAUCGGACACCACGGCCUAUUGUCUAAUUAUUCAUGACAGAUUAAUAGAGUACAAUCCAUUGACAAAUGUCGUUCGUAAAAUUAUCUAA